AGUUUGAGAAACGCUGUUCCCAGGGGAGGAAGGUGAUCCUGUACAAGAAAGCAAAACUGGAGAAAUGGGCACCGUACCUGAAUGGAAAUGGGCUAGUGAAACGUCUCACCAUCUACGCAGACUUAGACUGUACUGAAGUAGUAGAGGUGAGGGAGUGGUUCAAAAACCGAGAAGACAUGUUGGAUAUGAGAGAAGUGAAUAAACAAACACAGCUGACCAAAGAGUACUUCAGCCCAGGACACCUCCUUGGUCUUAAAGCUCACACCUAUACAUCGCUGGAACCAGAGACUGAACAUACGAUGGAGUUUUACAAUGAAGCACGAGUUGAUGGCCUCCAGAAACGCAUUGAAAAUGCUAACGAGAUGAUAGAGUACUUUGUGGGGCGGGAUGACUUCCUGCAUGUCCGGCAUGUGGAGUUUGGCAAAAGAGGGAAGAAAAUACACUUGGCUGGCACCAGAACUGACAUUAACUCCAGGCCUAUAGUGCAAAUCAAGGAGUGUUUCCACAGAAACCUAGAAAAGCCUGCUGAUGAAGAUGUAGCAGAACGUAUCUUUCUGAUCACAGAGGAAAUGAUCAAUCUGACAUAUCAUCUCAAGGAUAAAUACAUUACUGCUUCAAAGAAGGAUUUCUUCAAAGCAGCAGAGAGGGAUGGGAAAGGAAAUGACAUCAUCAUGACCCCAGAGAUGUGCAUCACAUACCAGGCAGGGUCCUCUGAGAAAGACAAGAAGCUGCUGCAUCUGUACAAAUUGUUGCAGGAGCUAACAGAGGAAGAGAAGCAGCUGAAGCAACAAGUCUGGCAAUCUGAAGCAGAGGUGUUAAAUAUUUUGAAGAUCCGUGAGAAUGAAGAAACUGCCAUUAAAUUGUCAAUUUCAAUUUAUAAUACAGAGAGGAAUGAAAAGAGAAGACAACAGUAUGAAGCCAUGAAGAACACAAUGGAGGAUGAGCUCCCAGGACAAGAGGAACAGGAUCUGGAUUACCUAGCACCGUUUCUUAUUCAAACUGGCCAUAGAGAGAAAAUGACCAAGGGACAGGCCCUUUGUGUCAGAGAUAACUGCCUGACUGAUUUUAAGCAUCGUCUCAUUGAUAAAGCUAACAUCAUCCAGGCUCGCUUUGACAAGGCGGUGGAAGAGCUGCACAAGAAGGACCAGUGGUUUCAGGAAAACCAGAAUCAGCUCAGCGCAGAGGAGGAGGAUGACUUCCUUGCCCGUUACUCUGAAACCAUGUUCCAUAUCCACAUUCUAGUGCUAAGGCUCAACAGGGAAAAGCAGAUGGCACCACAGAAAUACCUUGCUCUUGAAGAGAAGCUGCGCAAGGAUCCUCACCUAGCUGAGCACCUUGGUCAUGCCUGA